UACUUUCGAAGCCGUGUGCCGACAUUUUACUUGCCUCGGUUAAGCGCGUCACCUCACGUACGAGUCCCGUGUGUAUCUACGCCGGUGCUCCAGUGUCGAGUGAGGCGAAUAUCAGCCGCGUGAUCUUAUUUUUUAGAUCUUAUUUUUCGUCAUCGCGAAGGGAGUGGAAGCUGCAGUCUCCGGGCCUCGACGAGACCGUUGAUACUAUAUCCAACAGCCUUUCUCUUUCUCUCUCUGUCUUGCUGAACGAUAGCUUGCAACCAUGAGCUAUGGUUACAAUAAAUACAGUUCCACCAUGAGUUCUCGUGGUCGUGGAUUUGUUUCCCGUGGAGGUUCUUAUAGAGGACGAGGUGGCGGUGGAGGGAAUGAAUGGAGUGGUGGCUCAGCUGGUGGAACCAUGUCUGGUAGAGGUGGUUAUUCUUCUUCUAGGGGUGGCAGAUUUAAAUAUUCCACAACGAGCUACGACUCUAGAUCGAAAUAUAACUCAGGAGGAUCAGAAAGAUACUCGAGCAGAGGUGGUCGUGGUGAACAUUCGAAUAGCUACAAACGACCACGUUAUUUUCCGCAGGAGUAUUCUGCUAGGGAUGAUCAUCGUUCCUCCAGCGAUUCCGCGCGCAAGAGAAUAAGGAGCGACUCUUAUCAGGGUGGAGGUAGCGGUAGCGGCUCACAGAGGUACUCGUCGUACGGUGGUUCAUCAGCAUCGGCGCCCUACGACGACAAUAAGGGAUCUUCGUCGUCCGCUGUGUACGAGGACAAGAGACAGAGCGAGCGUGCAUCAUCGUAUCACCGUUCAGAGGACCGUCAUUCUGCCUCGCGGAGUUACGCACCUCCACCGCCCCCUCGGAUUAGCGAGAUGGCACCGCCCCCGACACAGAGAUACACGUCGAGCCGAGGCAGAAUCUCGCAUCAGAGCUCGAAUUAUAGAGGUCGGAUCUCGACCCGGGGCAGCAGCGGUAGAGGGGGCGCGUUUCACCGCGUGAGCUCUCGUUCGGAUGGCAUCAUCGCUCGCAAGCGCACGUUGCACUCGCUCGACUAUCGUCGAAAGCUGCUGGGCACACGCUCGCGCGACUACAUCCAGCGUAUGCGCAUGACCACUACGAAACUGCGCAGGAGUACUACUAGGCUACCCGGAAGUAAAAAGGACUCGGGAUCAGGAACCAGCGUGAAGGACAAGGAUAGAGAAAUGGCCAAAGCCAUAAACGCCGAGUUUUCCGACGACGAAGAUGAGGAGGAUGAUAACAAGAGUAAUUGGGACGAAGAAGAAAAGCCACACGAUCGCGAUGAUGAGGAGGAGGAAAUAGAGGAAGAGGAAGAGAAAAAGAAAAAGGAGGAUAAGCGUAAGAAGGAAAAACAAGAUAGAGAAAGGCAGCAUAGCGAGGACGAGGAAGAAAAGGAUGAUGACAUCAAGGAGGAAGACGAUGAACAGAAGCGAGAGGAAGACGAGGAGGGCGACGACGAGGAACGACGCGAGGAUGAGAAAGCGGAGCACGAUCGAAAUGCGGACUCCGAGGAGUUACCGAGCAGGCGCGACGGCCGGAAAUUUAUCAAAUUAAGAUGCCCGCACUGUGCCCAUCACAGCGUGACGUUCAAGGAGUACUCGCUUCAUCUGUUCUCCGGGCGUCACAGCGCGGCAAUGAAGCGUAUCGCGUCGCGGCAUAAGGCAACCAUCACGCGCAUGAGAGUCGUACAACGGCAGGAACAGAGGCGCAUCGAGGCUCGCGAUGCCGCACGUGGCACGCUACCAUCUCGCACCAUGUUCUGUGCCAUUUGCAAACUGAAUUACCGUUCGCUGAAGGCCGCUCACCAGUUGUCCGAGUCGCACAAGCAAAUCAAGCGAUUCCUCACGCCCUUCUGUCGCGUCUGCCGUAUCCAAUUCCGCUCACCAAUGUUCUUUGAGACUCAUAUGUGUUCCUUGGAACAUAUUAAGAGGAAGAGUGUAAUGCGAGAAAGAAUGAAUGCGAAUGGCAGCGGCGAGGCAGAAGCGGACUCGAGUGCCCCCGAAGAAGACGACAAGGAAGUUAAUCUCGAUAAUUUCAUGACUCUGGAUUCUGUGGGCGACGUAGAUGAAGAUGAAGAGUCGAACGAUAAGAAGAAAGAAAAGACCGAUGGCGAGAGUCCGAACGAAACGGAAAAGAAAGCGAAGAGCAAGCAGAUGAUAAAAGUCGGAGCGGAGUAUAUAAAACGCGUCGAGGUACAAUAUUGCGAGCUGUGCAAGGUUUAUCUGUCGCGUAGCGAGAAUAUGGAGAGGGCGGUCGCCCUGCAUUGCUCCACUCGCAGUCAUCUGAAACGAUACGUGCGUGACAACGACGACAAGGCACUCAGACGCCAAGCGGAGAGGAUACACUUGCAAUCGUCGUCAUCAGCGAACAUGAAUUCCACCAAUUCGACCGCGGUCAACACGUCGGAGACCGCAAAGAGUUCUCCCAUGAAUGUCGAAGCGCAAGUAUCGACGAAUACUGCGUCAACGACAGUGACGAAUGAUAAUAACGGCGCCUCUGACGCGGAGUACAUCAAACUCGAGGAGGAGAAAUCGAACUUGGAGUCUGAGAAGAGUCUAACAAAGGACGGCAAGGAUAAUCAGGGCGACGAGGACGAUGACAACGACUACCACGGUGACGAUAAAAUGACCUGGGAUGACGUCGACAAGGACCUGGGCGAUAUCCUGAGAGAGAACGAAGCAGCGGCGUCAAAGUCGAGCGAUGACGAGGAUUCGCGUUACGAUCGUUUCCGCAAUUCGGACAAGAAACAGCAGUCUGGGAAAGAGAAGGAAACCGAUAAGAACGAAAUCGUGGAGGAUAAAGGCGGGAAUAGUAACAAUAAGCUUAAAGAAGUAAAAGUCAAGCUUGAGAAAGCAGCAGAUAUCUAAUCUAAUCAGUGUCGUUCUGUGCUUAUACACUUUCAAUUUAUUGGCUCGUUCUUGAUUUUCUUGAUUUUUUUUCUUCUAACGUUUCUAAACCUCUUUGCGUAUUCGCGACGCAAACAUCAAGGGAAAAUGAGCGAGAGGAAAAAAAACAGACAAAUGUCUUCAUAUUCGACUGAGGUUGUAUUUUCGAGUUAUCACAUCGCAUCGUUUUAAUCACGUAAAAUUUUCUAUGUGUGCAUAAUUUAGUUGUACACGCGUUGCCAUUUAUAUUGUACUUUAAUUCUCGGAUUAGCGUAUGUGUCAAUUGCGAGAUAUCGAGCGUUACUGAUAUUGCGAUUUCAGAUUUGUAUAAUUUCAAGGUAUUUUUCAAUUAAUUGCGAUCGAAUGUUGUAGAACGAAAACAAAGUUCGGAGAUUCGAACGAUGAUUCAAAUAUAUACACCUGUCACAAAAGCAUCAGAUGUUAUGUUAAAUUACAUUCAGAAUUAAAGCUUUAAUAAUUAGCAUAGGAAGGAAGAGAAGAGUGUUCGUCCCUGUGCAAGCUCAUAAUUUUGAUAUAGAUUAUGCGUAAUUGUAUUAUCGAAAAAUAUUAAUGAUUCGAACGUUACGAAUUCACUGACGAUAAUUGAGUGUUUCCUUUUCAACUCUGAGCAUUCGUUAAACGCUCUUCCACAGAAAUAAAAGCCUCCAAAAGU